GCCAUGGCAACUGAAGAGCCUACAUUCCACAGACUAGGUCUGAGCUUGCGGUGUAACUCUAAACUGGCCCCUACGCGAUCUCGGACCCGGAGUCUGCAGAGCCACGAUGCCCAGUGAAACUCUCUGGGAAAUUGCAAAAGCUGAAGUGGAAAAACGGGGAAGUGAUGGAAGUGAAGGUGAUGGCGUGGAAACUGGAGAAAAAUCUGUUUUCUUCAUUGGCAGUAAAAAUGGGGGAAAGACUACUAUUAUCCUAAGGUGUCUUGACAGGGAUGAGCCACCGAAACCCACCUUGGCUCUGGAAUAUACCUACGGAAGAAGAGCAAAAGGCCAUAACACACCAAAAGAUAUUGCCCACUUUUGGGAGCUGGGUGGAGGAACCUCUUUAUUGGACUUAAUCAGCAUACCGAUCACAAGUGACACCUUGAGGACAUUCUCCAUUGUUCUUGUUUUGGACCUUUCAAAACCUAAUGACCUUUGGCCCACCAUGGAAAAUCUGAUGCAAGCCACCAAAAGCCAUGUCGACAAAGUGCUAAUGAAACUGGGAAAGACAGAUUCCAAAGCAGCUUCUGAAAUGAGACAGAAGACAUGGAGUAACAUGCAGAAGGACCAUCCAGAUCGUGAAUUAAUUGACCCAUUCCCGAUACCUCUGGUCAUAAUUGGAAGUAAAUAUGAUAUUUUUCAGGAUUUUGACUCUGAGAAGAGGAAGGUAAUAUGCAAGACGCUUCGAUUUGUUGCACAUUAUUAUGGAGCAUCAUUAAUGUUUACCAGUAAAUCAGAAGCUCUAUUACUAAAAAUACGUGGAGUUAUCAACCAGUUGGCAUUUGGCAUUGGCAAAAGCAAAUCAAUAUGUGUGGAUCAGAAUAAACCACUGUUUAUCACAGCAGGAUUGGAUUCUUUAAGUCAUAUAGGGUCUCCUCCUGUUCCUGAUAACGACAUUGGAAAGUUUCAUGCCCGUACACCAAUGGAGUUGUGGAAAAAAGUGUAUGAGAAGCUCUUUCCACCAAAGAGUACCAACACACUAAAAGAUAUCAAGGACCCUGCAAAAGACCCUCAGUAUGCUGAAAGUGAAGUUGAUGAAAUGAGAGUUCAGAAGGAUCAGGAACUGGAACAAUACAAAAGAAGUUCGUCCAAGUCUUGGAAACAAAUCGAGCUGGAUUCUUAAACCUCAUUCACGAUAGUGUAUUAUCUCUUCUUCCCCAAUACAAGUAAGAUUAUUUUAUUAAUAUUAGCUAAUUAAUAAAUUGGCUAUUUGUUAUUAGUAAAUAAUAUUAAAAAUAGCCAAUUCAUAAACUAGCUGUUGUGGUAAUAAAUGAAGAAAGUUAAGAUGUGUGAUUUGUUAAAGGAAAAGUGAAUUUCUUGUAUUAGUGGCACCUCCAGGAUAUUUACAAGUGUUUUAAAAGGGAAAAAAAUGUGUAACUAUGUGUAAUAUUUUUUUAAAUAAAAAUAAUCUUUUGCUACCUACCUCUAC